AUGGCACAGCUGCUUGUACCGCCAGGACCAGAGAGUUUCCGCCUGUUUUGUCGUGAAUCCCUUGAUGCCAUCGAGAGGCGGAUCGCUGAGGAGAACGCCAAGAAACCCAAGGGGAAGCCCAACGACGAUGACGACAACAGGCCCAAGCCCAGCAGUGACCUGGAGGCAGGAAAAUCACUGCCACUCAUAUAUGGGGACAUUCCCAAAGGAUUGGUGUCCACACCACUGGAGGACCUGGACACCUUCUACAGCAACCAGAAAGUGAGUUGGAUUGGUCAUCACAAAGAGCUGUGCUUUGAAACCAAGGGAGAGGUGUUUGAAGGAGUUGUGAAGGGUUAUGGCAGUCUUGGAAAGCAUAGACAUGCAUUAAUGUGUAACACACAGUUGUCUGUAAUGUUGCAUAACGGAUACAGUAGCUUAUGUUUUUGGAUACAGUAGCCCUCAACUUUGGAUCUGCCUAAUAUUUUGAGCAGAGGGUUUAUGCUGAUGCCUACUACUGUCUAUCCAGUCAUGUGUGCUGUGAGAGAUCUCUGUGUCAGGCACUGUGAUGCUGUGACACCCAGAGUUGUCGUAGCACAGGCUUUCUCUGUUGUCAGAUCCAAGUUCAGUUGUUAUUGUGUAGGACAGGUGAUGAAGCACACUGUCAUCCAUCCAGAGCCUUUGUAUCCAAGGUGACAGGAAAGCAAGGAUUGAUAUGGCUCCCCUCUGACAAUUUCAGGGGAGACAUAUCACGACACCACAGAGUAUCACUGCUUCUAGAAUAUGUGCUAUAGUAACGCCAGAAGCUGGUGUUGUGUUGUUGCUCUUUUUUGUUUAGUGAAUAGUUCAUUUCCAUCACUCCUAACUGACCAGGAAUAUGUGUUUACAGUCUCAUGGGGUGUCUUUCUCCCUGUCUGUCUCUGUCUCUGUCUCUGUCUCUGUCUCUGUCUCUGUCUCUGUCUCUGUCUCUGUCUCUGUCUCUGUCUCUGUCUCUGUCUCUGUCUCUGUCUCUGUCUCUGUCUCUGUAACUCUCUCUCUCUCUCUCUCUCUCUGUCUCUCUCUUUCUCUCUCGCUCUGUCUCUCUCCUUUUCUCUCUCUCUCACAGACCUUUAUAGUAUUGAACCGAGGGAAGGCCAUCUUCCGCUUCAACGCCACUCCUGCCUUGUAUGUCUUAAGCCCUUUCAACCCUCUUAGAAGAAUAUCAAUGAAGGUUUUGGUUCACUCAUAUCCUUUCAUUAAAAAACAAAUUACCACGGGGAAUGUUUUUUUUUUAGGUCAAAUUAAAUCUCUAUCCUAUAUCCCAUAUCUUUAUCCUAUUUGAACAGAUCAUUGUGCAAUAUAGUGAGUUGUGUACUGAAAAUAUGUGGUCACCUGAUAUGACGUAUUAUGCCUGAUGUCAGGUGUUGUAUCGUAUGUCAUGUGUAAACAAUAUUGAAUUAUCCAGUCUGGACAGUUCAGUAUCCUUGACAACUGCCUCCACAUUGUUCAGCAUGGUAAUCAUGUUCACUAUCCUUACCAACUGUGCGUUUAUGACCCUGAGUCAGCCUCCAGACUGGGCAAAGAAUGUAGAGUAAGUCAUCCUCUUACCUCAAAAUCUACAUGCAUCCACAAUACACAUCCACAAUUAUCUAUGUAGACUAACCGGUCCCCUUUGUUUCCAACAGGUACACAUUCACAGGAAUUUAUACAUUUGAAUCUCUUAUAAAAAUUUUGGCAAGGGGCUUCUGUGUAGGGAAGUUCACCUUUCUACGAGAUCCAUGGAACUGGUUGGAUUUCUGUGUUAUUGUCAUGGCGUAAGUAUUCUCAAAUGUUCCUGUUAUGAUCAGUAACAGGAUACUGUAGCUUAAUCAACAACUAAUAUUAGCUUCUGCUAUUAUUACGUACCUAGCUGUAUGAUGUAACUAAUGGCAACACAAUACACUAAUGUUCAGUCUGUAAAGUUCUCGCAACAAACCCACUUCUUCACUACUAGUAAUUUUGCCUAUUUCUACUAACAGCUACCAAACUUCACUACCAUUUGUUUUUGCUGCAUGAGGCAGAUGAGUUACAAGUAUUGGGUAACUGUCCAUGUAGUUUAGUACAUUGAUUAUGUUUGUUGUUCAGGGGCAACAAGUCCCCUUAGUUUAUUAUUUGGGUUGUUAGUGCUUUCAUUGUUGGAGCAUACCCAAGAGAACAGUCGUGUUGCAAUACUGUGUUAGAAUGGUUGCACAUCUUUGUAAUUACAAUACCAUGCAGACAUGAUGAACAUUGAGGCACUCCUCAGUCUAUCUUCGAUAGUGUCAUUCCUCAGACUCCUCACACCUAUUGUCUAUCCCACCAUGUAAUAGUGUUUGAGGGGUUUAGGGCCCUUGCCAUGUUACAUGAAUGUAUUUUCUCCUGAACUACACAAACUCUAUUGUAAUUGUGCAUUUUCCUGCAGGUAUGUAACAGAGUUUGUAAAACUAGGCAAUGUUUCAGCUCUUCGCACUUUCAGAGUACUGAGAGCUUUGAAAACUAUUUCAGUUAUCCCAGGUAAGGAGUGCCUGCUGCUAGCUGUCAGCCAGCCCCUUCCUUGUGUGAUGUUUCCUCCGAUUGCUCUUUGUUGUCCUGUCAUGGCGUCUGUAUGCGACUUCCCCUUUAUUACAGAUAUAUCACAUCGUUUGUGGACCUGGGCAAUGUGUCAGCACUGAGAACGUUCAGGGUUCUCCGAGCACUGAAAACUAUAUCGGUCAUCCCAGGUGAGAGCCAGGUUAAGGGACAAGGUUUAGGGGCCAAAGGGUGGUACUGUACUACUCACUCCAUCAAAGUUUAAGGGUCACUUCACCUUUACGCUUUUCUUUAGGUCUGAUGGUUUGCCUCUCAUGCUGCCAGUAAAAGCAGAAAUCUGAAGCAGUUCAUUUAAAAUGGAAAGGAUUUCUUGCUUUUAGACUAUUUUAUUUAUUGAUUUGUUUAUUUUUACUGAACAGCCUUGGGGGUCUAGACGAUUUUGUUUGCAUGACACUUUGUUUAAAUCCAGCUUUAAUUGUGUUUGUGGUGCUGUCCAGCUCUUCUCUCCUUCCUUUGCUGUUUGGGAUGGUUGCUUGUCAGUGUUCUCCCUGACUGGUGUGUGCCUUCAUUCAACUGCUCCUGUUCAAUGAAGACAGACUGUGUUUUGGUCUAGUAAGGGUGUUUCAUAUGUUAGAGCUGAUUGUGAUGUAUGCCCUUCCUCACAAACAUGCAUGCUUUUGUUAUUAUACUCUACGACAUAUUUUCUGAUCCAAGCUCUUGGUAGGGUUUAUAACACACAUAUAUAAUAUCUACUACAACAUAUGUCAAUUUGUGGCCAGAACUGUCCGGCCAUUAUAACAACUAUGCUCCUUAGCUUAUUUGUUUUUAUUAUCAACCAAUCAGGGACUUAAUUGUAAGCUACAUUGUGUGCUAUAAACAUACUGCUGGGAUUUGGAUCUUAGUCAGAAAAGAUUAUGUGCUUAUCAUGGCUCAUAUCAUUCUAGUAGAGAAAAUAACAUUAGAUAACAGAUUCAACAUUCUCAUUGUGUAAGACCACCCAUUGAGACAGUAGAAUGUGUCACAGCACUGCCAGCAUACCAUUCUAUGGCAAUUGAAGAGUUUCUUUCCAAAAUGCUAAAUAUACAUUUUCAGAAUGUUGGUAAAUUUGCUUUUAUUGUUUAAAGAACGAAUGAAAGCGAUUGGUGUGUUUUUUUCACUAUCUAAUCAUGGCAUGGGGUUGUUCAAUGACAGACAUGUAUUUGUUUAAAAUCUAUAUCUUGAUGGUUUCCUUUUAGAGAGACAAAUAAUCAUGUUGUUUUGCAAAACGCUAUACACUGACUGUACAAAACAUUAAGGACACCUGCUCUUUCCAUGACAUAGACUGACCAGGUGAACCCAGGUGAAAGCUAUGAUCCCUUAUUGAUGUCACUUGUUAAAUCCACUUCAAUCAGUGUAGAUGAAGGGGAGGAGACAGGUUAAAGAAGGAUUUUUAAGCAUUGAAAAAAUUGAGACAUUGAUUGUGUAUGUGUGCCAUUCAAAGGGUGACAAGGGCACAAGAUGUAAGUGCCUUUGAACAGAGUAUGCCAGGCACACCUACUACCAUACUGCAAAACUGCGAAGUUUUUCACGCUCAACAUUUUCCUGUGUGUAUCAAGAAUGGUCCACCACCCAAAGGACAACCAGCCAACUUGACACCACUUUGGGAAGCAUUGGAGUCAACAUGGGCCAGCAUCCCUGUGGAAUGCUUUUGACACCUUGUAGAGUCCAUGCCGCGACUAAUUGAGGCUGUUCUGAGGGCAAAACGGGGAGAGGGGGUGCAACUCAAUAUUAGGAAGGUGUUCUUAAUGUUUCGUACACUCAGUGUAUAUCCACCUCAUUCUCAGAGAAAUAAGUAGAACUGCUAGGUUUUACACAGUCCAAUGUAACAAAUAACACCAUUUUUCAAUAUAAAAAAUGUGUCAAUACAGUUAUAUGACAUCUGUAUGUAAAACAUUUACAUGUAAUACUUUAGUCAUUUAGUAGAUGCUCUUAUCCAGAGUGACUUACAGUUAGUUCAUUGAUCUUAAGAUAGCUAGGUGAGACAACCACAUACAGUCAAUAUACUGUAUACAAAUAUUCCAUUCCUGCUAAACAAUGGAUAUAUAGCGUUUAGCAACAAAGAAAAUCUAUGAAUAAAAAAUCUGAGAACAGUCAUAUUUUACACACACAUUAAAGUACCCAUAAGCAAUCAUUUCUAGUGAAAAAAAAAAGUGAAAAAUUCAGACUGUUUUCUUUUAAACAUAUGAAGCAACAGAGAUGCUGUUUCAUGCUGUGAUGUUUACAUUGUAUACAAAUUAAGCUUCUUCUUUGCAUACACUGUAUAAGACUCCUAUGCGAAUAACAGUGAGGUUCUGUCAUGUCCUGCAGGCCUGAAGACCAUUGUGAGAGCGCUGAUCCAAUCAGUGAAGAAACUGUCAGAUGUGAUGAUCCUCACUGUAUUCUGCCUAAGUGUCUUUGCCCUAAUAGGGCUGCAGCUGUUUAUGGGCGAUUUAAGAAACAAAUGUUUAAGGAUCCGUCCUAACUCAACCAACUACUUUAAUGAAACAUUGGACUUUAAUGGGACGGAAUAUAAUGAUGCUGACUUUAACGAGACCAGCCCGUUCAACUGGACCAAUUACACAAAUAAUCCCGGUAAGCAUGUUUCUUUGGCUUUAGACAGUCAUUGGAGGGUGAAUACCAUGCUGGUAGCCAUGGACCACAGUGAGUGAGUCACAGCUGAUUGCUAAUAGCCAAACAAGCAGCCCUGGCUGAAGAGCGUAACGUAAAAUGACAGGAAUGGCUGAGAGGGGUUUGUAAGAGCUUCUGGUGGGAAGUAGUGUGGCGGUUAAUCAUAACAUUGCCGGUUUGUGGAUGAUACUAGUGGCAUGUCUAGCUUGUCAACACGGAGGGCAUUGAGUCACCACCCAAGUGGGGAAAAUGGCACCUGGAUGGCCAUGACACUAGGACCUGGGCAGCCAUGGGGUGAAAGGGGAGAAAAUAGAUAAGAGAAAGUGAAAGUGAUUUGCGUGAUUAAAGCUUUGAACUGUUCUCCAGUUACAAUGCUGAUGAUGAUGAAGGUGAUGAUGAAAAUCUUUUCUCUUUUUUGCAGUUGGCGAAAGAUUGACUUUGUCUCUUUUUCCUGUAGAUAAUUAUUACUACCUCCCAGGUAAAAGGGAUGCUUUGCUUUGUGGAAAUGGCAGUGGUGCUGGGUAAGAUCCAGCCCACGUUACUAUCUUUGUGUCUGAUUGUCAGGAUGCACUAUUGAUUGUGCUUGUGUUUGUUUGUGUGUGUGCGUGUGCGUACCUGCUUGCGGUCGUGCAUGUCUUUGUGCGUUAAUAUCAAAUAGACUUCACAGGAUUUUGUGAAUGCAGUGAUGGUGAUUAUGAUUCUGUUUGAGUUUCCCAGCCUUGUUGUUUGUUGUAGGCUGUGCCCAGAGGGAUUCUUGUGCAUCAAAGCGGGCCGGAACCCAGACUACGGCUACACCAGCUUUGACACGUUCAGCUGGGCCUUCUUGUCUCUGUUCAGACUGAUGACUCAGGACUACUGGGAGAACCUCUACCAGCAGGUCUGUCUCAUAGAGAUGUACUAGAGAGCUCAUCUCCUGUCUUUGCAAUGGCCGGUUUUUGUGACAGCUUGGCCAUUGUCAUUGAGGGCUAUCAUCAUUUUAAAGUAGUCAAUGUCUUCUUCUUUUACUUCUAUGAGUGUAUUGGCAGUUUGUACGUAGACUGAAAAGGUGCAUACCACUUACUGUGCUGGAGUGUAUAAUCUAAACAGAUAUAAAGCCAAGGUUGGGGAUUAACUGCCACCUGUAGUUAUGGAAUGUUUGCUCAGGUGUAUAAUUCAUUGGCUUACCUUUUCCGCUCACCUGGAUGGAAUUCUGUAAUUGUUCGGUAACCCAUAGCAACUCCCACCAUGUUGACUACUUCAAAAUGGUGAAAGCUCUCAUUGGAAGCCUGGUGGAACCAGCCUGAUUGCCAUUCCUUUCAGAAUCGUGAAGGCAGCGAUCAGGCUGGUUCCUCAAGGCUACCUCAAGGGUGCUACCCUUGCUAAAAAAGGCUUUGGGCCAAUUGCGCCCUCUAUCCCAACUCUAUGGUCUGUCUGCAUCAUGGCGUGAUACUGGGGGCUUUUUUACAGGCAAAGGGACUCCUAGUGUUGUCGUUGCAUUGGACAGACCCAUUUGUGCCAGCUCUGAGAGUGUGCAUGUGCAGUGAAGCUCCUGGGUAUUACAGAGUGACUUGUGUUUGUUCAGUGGAGUUCCCUGUGUUCCUGUGCUGCUGACUGCACCUGUGAGGAACACUAUGGGCUCUGUUUUUGUCUGGUGUUAAACCAGCGCCCAGCGCAAUUGUCAAAUGCACGCUUGUUUGCAAUUUCAACCUGUUAAAGCCGGCGCUCUUCUAUUUUCAAACCCCAGCGCCAGGAUUGGACAUUUACCUGUCUUAAAUGAGCUUGCAUGUGCUAAGGUGGGAGUGGUGGCAAUAUCUGAGGUGUCUUUAAAAACGUGUGCCAAAGUGCCAAUUUCAGUAUGCGCUGCUUGGGAUAUUUAAGACCAACCGAAUGCUAGAUUUAGCAGUAACGCGGUUGGUUAUGGCAUGGAUUUUAACAAUGGAAGCGCAGCCUAUCUAGCUGUGACGCACAGUGCCCAUAUGCCCAUGGAGCAAGAGAGAUGUACUUUUUGUAACUGUAAACCUCGUAUUUAGAAACAUAAAAACUAAUGUGUUUUCCCAUUUUAUUUUAUUUGAUUAAAAACCAAGCAUACAUAGUACAAUUGCAAGAGUUAAUUCAACUCAUAUGGAGUCAAAUUUAACAAAAUGUUGGCGUUUAUAUGGUCCCACCCCCAUUUUGUGUUAAAACGACACUGAAACUCUUUGUGAGUUGGACUCCAUUUAGUGUCAUUUUAACUCCAAAAAUAUCAACACCACAAUCAACUCCCUUGCCAUUUUACACUUUCUGUGUUGUUUUGAAUUAACAAUCAACUCCAGCAGAGUACAUUUCUCUUUCGGUUUACUUCCUUUAAGUAAUAAGGGUGUAAAGCCUUAUUUGAAUAUUUAUUGAUGUGUCACAUUAUGGUAGUUUGCAAUUUAAUAUUAAAUCUCUGUUAGAUCCAAUUUGGAGGAAGAUAUCCAGCACUUUUACAUCACCCACAACUUGCAUUUAGAAUGGCUGUCAAAGUAAGGAAGACAAUUCAGUACAGGGAGACUACCUACACCAUGUAAACUGGAACAACGAUCUCACGGUUGCUAUGAAUCCAACCACUUACAGAUUGGAUUAGUUUAGAAAAAUGUAUGUUUCUUAUCUUAUCUUUGUGUAGCGUAAGAUAAAAAACAAUCAAUGUACAUGUGAAAACAGUGUUGACAAAGGGUUUGGGUCGUGAGACCUUCAUUACCAAAACGAUAUUAAAAGAUCAAAUUUGGCAGCAGCAGACAUCCCAUUUUUAUUUAUGUAGGGUAAUACAUUGUUUUAGCCAGCUCCUGUUAUUAUUUUGGAUGUGCAUAAAGAACUCUCCAUGUAGGUUGUAUGCCCAUCAUGGAACAAAAUAUUAGAUAAUCCGGGGACACUGAAGUUAUUUUCCAGUAACAGUUUCUUGUUUUCCAUUUCGUUUGAUUAAAAAAACUUUACCCUACUAUAAUGAAAGAUGGUUCAACAGCAAUGCGUCUGGUGUCUUUAUAAUCCUGGCCAUACACAAGUAGCCUAUCCAUAAAAUGAUUUUACUCGUGAGGCUUUUGCCGACAUGCUUUUGCAUUAUUCACAAUUUCAAUCCCCAUUUCCAAAGAGCGCUUUUUGUCCGGUCGCCAGAUACGUUCCUCCAAACAUAGGCUAUUCAAAUUGUUCUGUCCUAUAAUGCCAGGCUAUAUAAUGACUAGGCUAUAUCUUGCUUAUUGAGAACGUGCCUCACACAUACAAUAACAUUUACGGAUGCCUAGUCAUUUUUAUUUGAGGAGAAGUGUGAUGCGGAAAGGCCUAUACUCAUUGAAGCCAAUUACAACAAUGUUGACUGUCAACACUCCAAACAUAUCAAGCAACCAGUGUAUGUUUAUUUUUUUUUUACUGUUGCUAUCACUCGUUACUGUAGCCUAUGUUAUUUAAUAAACUGUAGGAUCAAUCCACAAUGGACUAGGACCAGAAUAUUCCGUGUCCCUAGCCGAAUUGGAGUUGAUAACAAUGCAAAGACCUACAGAACUUAAGACAAAAGCAUGCAGUAAAAAGCCAUAGAACACCUUGAUUGGCCAGUGAGUGGCCAAGACCUCGUCACACCUACACGUUUUUAUUCAUCAAAACUCAGCCCUUUGCGCCACCGCCAGCUAUUGCGUUCAAAAUAACAACUGUGAAAACAGCACAAAUAUUUCUGACACACCCCAGGACUUAUAGCACUACCGCCAGCGCUUAGAUUGACCAUUGCGUUAGGUUUGUUAAAAUAGAGCCCUGUGUUUGGAUCCUGGCCCUAGUUAAUAAUAAUAAUAAUAAUAAUAUGCCAUUUAGCAGACGCUUUUAUCCAAAGCGACUUACAGUCAUGUGUGCAUACAUUUUUACGUAUGGGUGGUCCCGGGGAUCAAACCCAUUAGCCUGGCGUUACAAGCGCCAUGCUCUACCAAUUGAGCUACAGAGGACCACAAUGACAUGUUUAACUUGAUAGGGAUGCCCUUUGUACGUUCUACGGUUCACUUGAAAACACAAAGAGAGGCAUAAUUUGCUGUGUGAUGAAAAUGAAUACAUUCUCCCAUUACGAAACAGAAAUAAAAACAGAAGAUUGCCAGUUGCCUGUUCAAACAACCUCCUGAUGGAGGGCAGGUGCAUUUUUGCUCAAGGAAACAAAGAUGUAUCUCAUCAUGACUAAAGCAAAGACAACAUGUCUUUUUGAAUGCAUUGUUGUGCCUUGAAUAGAGAGAUCAGCGAAGCACUCUGAGCAAAUAAUACAAAACAAUACCCCAGAUCAGGUGCGCAAUGUCACAGGGUUAAUGUGCAUGUUCCGAAUUGCUUGUUAUGUGAGCACACAUUUUAUGCAUGUUUUAUCAUUGUUCUUUUAGUAUUCCACUAACAUCCUCUCAAUAGAGAUAUGUUAUAAUACAAAGAUUGGUGAUUUACUUGGAGAUAUGUUAGAAGAGGUUGUAAGAGAUAGAAAUGUGUUACAAGAGGUGUUGUUUCUCUUCCAGACCCUGAGGGCUGCUGGGAAGCCGUAUAUGAUCUUCUUUGUGCUGGUCAUCUUCCUGGGCUCCUUCUACCUGAUCAACCUGAUCCUGGCUGUGGUUGCUAUGGCGUACGACGAGCAGAACCAGGCCACCAUCGAGGAGGCUCAGCAGAAGGAGGAGGAGUUCAAGGCCAUGCUGGAGCAGCUGAGGAGACAGCAGGAGGAUGCACAGGUACAGGAUAUCCCCCAGCUCAUCUCUAUAUGCCACCCAUUACAGCACACUCAUUAAUCACAACAACCAUGGAAUUCCUUUAAUAGUCAUUUAUAUUGCUAGUGAUAUAUGAAGAGUUUCAUUACAAAACGCUAUAUAUCCAUUUUCUGAAAUGUUGGUAAAUUACCUUUUAUUGUUUAAAUAAAUUAUGAAAGAGAUUGGUGUGUGUUUUCACUAUCUAAUCAUGGGUUGUUCAAUGACAUACAUGUAUUUGUUUAAAAUCUAUCACUUGAUGGUUUCAUUUUAGAGAGACAAAUAAUAAUGUUUUUUAGCAAAAUGCUAUAUAUCCACCUCAUUCUCAGAGAAAGAAGUAGUACUGCUAGGUUUUACACAGUCAAAUGUAACAAAUAAUGACAUUUUUUAUAAAGAGCUGUACAAAUGAUACAUUUGUGACAUCAAUAUUUUAAAACAAAUUUUACAAACAGUUCUUAUCCAGAGCGACUUACAGUAAGUGCGUUCAUCUUAAGAUAGCUAGGUGAGACAACCACAUAUUACAGUCAAAUAUAGAGGAUACGAACAUUCCAUUCCAGCUAAACAACGGAUAUACACUGAGUGUACAAAACAUUAUUUCCAUGACAUAGACUGACCAGGUGAAUCCAGGUGAAAGCUAUGAUCCCUUAUUGAUGUCACUUGUUAAAUCCACUUCAAUCAGUGUAGAUGAAGGGGAGGAGACAGGUUAAAGAAGGAUUUUUAAGCCUUGAGACAAUUGAGACAUGGAUUGUGUAUGUGUGCCAUUCAGAGGGUGAAUGGGCAAGACAAAAUAUUUAAGUGCCUUUGAACGGGGUAUGGUAGUAGGUGCAAAGCGCACUUGUUUGUGUCAAGAACUGCAACGCUGCUGGGUUUUUCACGCUCAGCAGUUAUCUGUGUGUAUCAAGAAUGGUCCACUACUCAAAGGACAUCCAGCCAACUUGACACAAUAUUAGGAAGAUGUUCUUUAUGUUUUGUAUGCUCAGAAUGUAGGAUUUUCAUUCACAUCUAAAGAAAUCGAUUAAUAAAAAUAUUUUACACACAUAUGAAGGUACCCAUAAACAAUCAUUUCUAGUGAAAAAACACAAAUGUGAAAAAAUUGUGGAUAUAGCGUUUUGGAAAUAUACUCUUCAUAUUCUUAUUUAUCUUAAACUGAAACUGCCCAAGAUUUUUUAAAGUAUUCAGAAUACAAAGGUUCAAAGGUAUUCAAAGGUAAAUGCCUUUUAAUCUAAAUUUAGAAGGCAUUUAAUAGCCUAUUGUGUCUAUUUAUGACUGUGCUGCCCUGCUGAGUCAUGUGUUGCCCCUUACGACCAUAGCUUAGGUGUGUUGAUUGGCUUACAGGCGGCGGCAACAGUGAUGGUGGCUGAGAGUGGGGAGUUCAGUGAGAGAGGAGGGCUCACUGAGACCUCCUCAGAGGCCUCCAAACUCAGCUCCAAGAGCGCCAAAGAGAGGCGCAACAGGCGCAAGAAGAGGAAGCAGAGAGAGGAGGAGGAGAGAGAGGACAAUGACAAGUAUCACAGGUCUGAGUCCGACAGCAGUAUGAAAAAGAGUCACUUCCGCUUCUCCAUGGAUGCCUCUAACCUGCACAAUUACGACAUCAGAUGUUCAACACCAUACCAGGUCAGGAUACUCAUCUUAUUUAACAUACUGCUUUACCCUACCUUUCUUUACCUUUGGCUAUCAAAAGUAUGUGUGUUCGCUGUAUUGGUGAAUUGUUGUGCAUGCUACACAGUCCUUAGUGAAUCUAAUCAUCUCAUCAUCAUUAUUAUUUUCGUCAUUAUCAAUAUCGUCAUUCUUAUCAAUAUCAACGCUACACUAUCAUCUUCAUUUUCAGCAGCACCAUCAUCUUUCAAUUUCCUUAUCAUCGUAAUCACUAUCAUCCUCUUCAACAUCCUCAUCAUCAUCCUCAUCAGCUGAGGCGACAGCAUUGUGCUUGGCGCCAUUAUCAUCAUUAUCCUCUUCAUCGUGCUCUUGCACAUUUCCUUUUAUAUUAUCCCUGAGGUCAACCGCUAGAUAAUCAACAUCAUUGCAUCAUCUUCAUCACAAUCAUCCUCUGCAGGACCCGCUCUUCCAUCUUAAAUUACUCCACUUCUCAACCCAUGCUUAUGCCAGUGAUAGGCACUGAGGAAUGUAUUUGUCUCCCAGUCCUUCCUAAGUAUCCGCGGACCCUUGUUCUCGUCGAGACGGAACAGCCGGGCUAGCCUCUACAGCUUCCGGGACCGUGCGCGGGACAUAGGCUCGGAGAACGACUUUGCCGACGACGAGAACAGCACUUUCGAGGACAACGACAGUCGCCGGGGCUCUCUGUUUGUCCCUCGGCGGAGCGACCGGCGCUCCAGCAACGUGAGCCAGAACAGCAUGCCAUCACACGUCCUGCUGCCAGCAAAUGGGAAGAUGCACAGCUCCGUCGACUGCAAGGGGGUGGUGUCCCUAGUGGGCGGGGCUUCACUCCCCACGUCACCUGAGGGACUCCUUCUGCCAGAGGUGACAGUAGAUAAGGCCUCUACUGAUGACAAUGCAAGGAAGUGUAGUUUAGCCUGGAUGGCCUAAACCAGCUCUGUGCUGCUGUCUCUAAACCAGUUUUGUCUCCACCUGCCGUGCCUCUACUCUAACUCUGCUGUGGUCGUGUAGUGCGCAUCUUGUUUCUUUCCUUCUCUCUCUUCCUACUUACUCUCCCUGACUACCUAAACAUUACUUAUGGUGUAUUUAUGUACAGUAGCACACUAAAGAUGACAUUUUGUUAAAAAUAUGAAAUAUAAGGCAGUAUAAAACACGUUUGGAUUUUCAUAUAGAUUUUUAUUUAUUCCAUAUAGAUAAGAAACUAUUAAAAUCUUUCUAUUUAUGUGAAUACAAAUACAGUAUUUUUGGGUUUAACAGAUAAUUACUUCCAGGUUAAGAGAUUAUUAAACCCUUGAACAUGGCCAUCUUUGGUGGUUACAUUGUGCUAACUGAGAAACAGAAUAUUGUUGAUGCAAUUGGUUUGUGAUGACUUAUCAAUACAUUGAUAAUGCUUCCAAAUGAUGUAACUCCAGGAAAAUACUACGGAGACAGAGUACAGAAAAGCCCGAUGUGGAUCGUACCAGGCCUCUAUGGACUUCCUGGAGGACCCAGUGGCCAGGCAGAGGGCCUUCAGUGUAGCUAGUGUUAUAACCAACACUAUGGAAGGUGUGUAUGACUAUACCAUACCCCAUACACCCCCUAGAACAAAUAACAUGAAUAGACAAAAUGAGGACACAUUCAUGAAAACAAAUAUUUUUCUGUUAUUUCUCCUCUAUAUGUAUCAGAACUUGAAGAAUCGAGACAGAAGUGCCCUCCUUGCUGGUACAAGUUUGCCAACACCUUCCUCAUCUGGGACUGUUGUCCGAAGUGGCUGAGGAUGAAGAAGAUAGUCAAGAUGAUCGUGAUGGACCCGUUUGUAGACCUAGCUAUCACCAUAUGUAUUGUUAUGAACACUGUGUUCAUGGCUAUGGAGCAUUACCCAAUGUCUAGGGCGUUCAACACCAUGCUUUAUGUGGGAAACCUGGUACGCAGUCACAUGUCAUUUGUUUUUGCCAUAUCACUUUGAAUCUGCCAUUUUAAACACAUUACAUGUUAAUUACUGUUGUCACUGUUCUUGUGUGUUGUUUUACUCAGGUGUUCACAGGUAUCUUCACAGCUGAGAUGUGUUUCAAGAUUAUUGCUUUGGAUCCAUACAUUUAUUUUCAGGAAGGCUGGAAUAUAUUUGAUGGUAUCAUUGUCAGUUUGAGCUUGAUGGAGCUUUGCUUGGCCAACGUGUCUGGAAUGUCUGUCCUCAGAUCAUUCCGAUUGGUAAGAGCAUCGACACUCCAGCACAGCAUCCAAAAUGCUGCAUGUUCAUUCAAUAAUCACUGGAAAAAAGUAGACUGUCAACGUAUUGGAAUAGCAAUUCAUAUUAAUCCCAUUCUUAUCUUUGUAUGCAGCUGAGAGUAUUCAAACUGGCCAAGUCUUGGCCCACAUUGAACAUGCUGAUCAAGAUCAUUGGUAACUCAGUGGGGGCCUUGGGUAAUCUCACCCUGGUACUGGCCAUAAUCGUCUUCAUCUUCGCCGUGGUGGGCAUGCAGCUCUUUGGCAAGAGCUACAGAGACUGUGUGUGUAAGAUCUCUAAAGACUGCAUACUGCCCCGGUGGCACAUGCAUGACUUCUUCCACUCUUUCCUGAUUGUGUUCCGGGUGCUGUGCGGGGAGUGGAUUGAGACCAUGUGGGACUGCAUGGAGGUGGCUAGCCAGAGCAUGUGCCUCAUCGUCUUCCUGAUGGUCAUGGUCAUCGGGAACCUGGUGGUACGUUUUCAGCUCUACUGCAUCUCUGUAUGACUAUUAAUCCACCGUAAAUCAAUUACAGGAACUUUAAACCAUCAUUUAUGUGUGUGUUUGUGUGUUUGUGGCAGGUCCUAAAUCUGUUCCUGGCUUUGCUGCUGAGCUCGUUCAGUGCUGAUAACCUGGCGGCCACGGAUGAUGACAGCGAGAUGAACAAUCUGACUGUGGCCAUAGGCCGCAUCCACCAGGGCAUCGCCUUCGUCAAGGCCUUGGUGCGCCGCUUCUUCCACAGCAUCUGUCUGAGGAAGAAGAAGGGGAGCCUGAACGAGGACAAGACCCUGGUUGACCUCCACAAAAGCAUGGGGACCAACUGGAACUCCAACCACACCACCGUGGAGAUCAUGAAAGAUCCUGAAUACAUAAAAGAUGGCAAUGGCGCCACCAGUGGUGUGGGAGUGGGGGUGGGCAGCAACGCAGCAGCGAAGUACAUAAUCAAUGACAACACUGACUAUAUGCCUUUCAUCCACAACGCCAGCCUGACCAUCACAGUGCCCAUCGCUGUGGGAGAGUCGGACUUUGAGAACCUCAACACUGAGGACUUCAGCAGCGAUUCCUCGGACGUAGAGGAAAGCAAAGAGGUGAGCAUGAUUCUAUGUGGAACAAUGUGAAAGUAGUUCACAGUCUGAGAUUUUUGUACAUAGUUUGAAAUCAAGUGUUGAUCUAGGUUAAGGAUUUGAAAAAAAGACAGCGACGUUAUGAGCUUUAAAAAAGUGAUAUUAUGCAAAUCUACUUGUUUGCUGUUGUUUGUCCACAUUAUCUAACAUAAUUACAUUAGAAUGACUCAUUAGAGAUUAUUGCACUGAUGCUGUAUCUGCAAAUCAGAGGAGGCUGGUGGGAGGAAUGAUAGGAGGACGGGCUCAUUGGAAUGGCUGGAAUGGAAAAAUGGAAAGGAGUCAAAAGUGGUUUCCAUUCGAUACUGUUCCAUUUAUUCCAUUACAGCCAUUACAAUGAGCCCGUCCUCCUAUAUCUCCUUCCACCAGUCUCCUCUCCUGCAAAUUGUGACAGCCAGAGUCAGGUGAUGCUCAAAUGUAAUCAUAGUGUGCGUGUUUGGCACAUUAGAGCUUAUAAAGAGGGGAUUGCUGGCCUCUCACACGCUGUUCACUCACUGGGGUGUUAAUCAGUUGUAGGUUAUGGAGGUAGAAAAGCUGCAGUGACUCAUAUGUACCAGGCAGCCAACAUAAACACUCUCAGGGCUCUAUUUUAACAAACCUAACGCAAUGGUACAUCUUAGCGCUGGCAGUAUAGGUUUGGGGGUGUGUCAGAAGUAUUUGGGCUAUUUUCACAACCAGAAAUAUGUGGUUGCUUCAAGAUGUGUAUUUACGGUAUUUCAUGUAUUGCGUUGUCAUCAACUCCAAUUCUAAUGGUAAUCCGCUAUAGCCUAGUUUGUUAAAUAGCCUACAGAAACAAAAUAACAAAAUGUAUGUAGGCCUAUCUCAUCUUUGCUAAAUAUGUUGAACGUCUUUGCAGUGCACAUUGUAAGAAGCCUAAUUGCAUGGCUAUAAUAUGGAAAUAUAUUGUUAAACAUAGCAUUCACACUGAUAUAGGGGCUAGGCCUACAGUAAACAGCAUUAUGCCAUGUCUGAGCCAUGGAAUUACCAAAAGUUAUCAAUAAGAAAGAUUCAAUUCACGAUUGAUAAGGCUUAAAAAGAGAGUGAAUAAUUCUAUCAAAUUCUAAUCAAGACGAAACAACAACUUGUUUUAAAUAGGCUAUGUCUAAAUACAGUUACAGGCACCAUAAUUGUUCCCCGUGUGCAUAUAAUAUUAAGGCAACAUAGACAAUGGAGGCUUUUACGCACAUCCAAACUUUUCACAGAAUCUGGACAAAGAACCAAUAUAAAGAGAAUGUCCACUGACCGUUAUGCUGCUCCCAGAUAUAAUGUUUUAUAAACACAAUGGCACCAUCUUACAGAUCACAUUCACACUUCUCCAGAAAUAGAAGACGGCUCCUAAAUUGCAUUGUAUGUGAGCUGGACGUUCACCAUAAAGCCAGGAUGGUGAAUUAUUCUAAUAAAUUUGUUUUUUAAUCAAAUUAAAUGAAAAAUAAGAUAUCUGGGGGUUUUUCAAACAACAACAAUAAUUGUAAAUAGCUUGGGGUCAGAAGCGUGAUAUCAUAAAAUCAACAGGAUAAAAAAGACGUAAUGGAUUGCUGUUGAACCAGCCUUCUCUAUAGCCUACACUCUUAGAAAAAAGGGUUCCAAAAGGGUUCUUCGGUUGUCCCCAUAGGAGAACCCUUUUUGGUUCCAGGUAGAACCCUUUUUGGUUCCAGGGAGAAACUUUUUGGGUUCCAUGUAGAACCCUCUGUGGAAAGGGUUUUAUAUGGAACCCAAAAGGGUUCUACCUGGAACCAAAAGGGUUCUUCCUGGAUCCAAAAAGGGUUCUUCAAAGGGUUCUCCUAUAGAGACAGCCGAAUAACUCUUUUAGGUUCUAGAUAGCACCUUUUUUUCUAAGAGUGUAUAGGCUAAGGGUAGCCUCCUGAGGGCUUGGUUUUUAAUCAUAUGAAAUGGAAAACAAGCAAUUGUUACAAGAAAAUAUGUUCUAAAUACAAGGGUCACCAGCAUUAUCUGAUCUCUCAUUUCAUGAUGGGCAUAUGGAUACAUGUAGCCUACAUGGAGUGGUUUUUACACACGUCCAAAACGGGAGCUGGCUAAAAUAUUGUAGGCCUACACAAUACAUAGAUAUAAAGGGGAUGUCCGCUCACUGUUUUGCUGCUCCCAAACUUGAUAUUUUAGUAAAGCUUUGAUGAUUAAGAUGUAUUUCAAAGCAGUCUCAUGAGCCACACCCUUUAUUGAUAGGCUCAGCAGCUUGGAGAACGCAUUGGUCAGGACAAAAAAAACAUCCUCAUUAAGGAGAGGGAAGGCUAUAUGCUUAUUUUCUAAUCAAAUAAAACCGGCACAGAAAAAAACACAUCUCUCUUGUUCCAUGAGCAUAAGGGCACUGUGCGUCACUUCUGGAUAUGUUGUGCCUCCAUGCCAUUACCAACCGCGUUACUGCUAAGACCUGCUUUUUGCUGGUCUUAAAUCUCCCGAUAUGCGCUUCAUGAAAUGGUCACUUUUGCGCUUGUUUUCAAGGACAUGGCUCAAAUAUUGACACCCCUUCUACCUCAGCACAAGAGUGCUGAUAUUAGACAUGUAAAUUGCUGAACCUGGCGCAUGGGGUGGAAACGCCAGAAGGCCAGUUUUUACAUGCUGAAAUUGCAAACUAACGUGCAUUUGGCAGUUGCACCGCGAGAGCGCCUGCCGAAAAUAGAGCCCUCAGAGCGUUCCCCAAAAUGAUGCACAAUGAUGACAAUGCUGUCAUUAUAUUUUAUCCUGGGGACAUAAACAUUUAGUCCCUCCAGGACCCUUAUCACAGUUUUAGAUCAUUUACAGUAUUGAUGUCAAUGUGAGAUAUGUAAGUCGGGGUAAUUUCGCAGAUCUCAUGUUAGGCUUGGGCCAUUAGUGAUUACUUUGACAUGUUCCUGUAAGACUCCGAUGUCUCAUCGAUCUACGGCUUUUGGUUUUAUGGUCUGGCAGAAUGGAGCGAGAGACAAAUAUAAUAUGAAUGAUGGAUGAAGACUGAUUCAGAAAUUGGCUGUUGUGUGGUCCUCUGCGGAUACAUUUGUUGUUUCAGAUAAGUCGAAUGUUCCUUUGCCGUGGUCAUGCUGGUGCACUUAACCCGCGGUACAUGGCAAGCCAAGUAUAAGCAUGUGACAUUUUCGAUCCUUAUACAACGACCCUGUAAUGAGGAGAGGCCACAAAGACAGGAAAAUACUAGUCUUCAGAUUACAUUAUGUGCCAUUUAAGUCUGAGUGCUCUGCAGGUACAUCCUCCUCUUUAGGGAGCUUUAUUGCCUUGAGUUGUAAAAAGGCCCAUUUCAGAUCUCACUCUGUCCCAGAACAUGGUGCAAACUGAGUGGCUACUGUCAAUUAGUAUCUAUGGUAUCUAUGGUAACAUUACAGUUUUAUUUUGCUGAUGUUGUUGUACUGUGCUGUUUGUGUUGUUAUGGUACUGUAAUGACUAUCUAUCAUUUAACAAUAAUGGCUGUUGGAAAUUUGGUGAGAUUCUAUUUCCUUCACUUGUAAAUGUACUUUCUGAGAGGUUAAUAUGUGACUAACAUGCUUUGCUUCCAUACAAGGUAGCAUGUGGUACAGUAACUUACCACACUUAACCCCAUUUGUUAUUGCAGCUGUUUCACAGACGCUCUCAAGGUUUUCAAUGAGAGGAGACUUGUAAGACCACUUUAUUGUACAUAACACUAACCAUGGAGAUUGCCUAUUCCAUUUAUCAAAAAAGAACGACCUUUUUAUUAGAUUGAUCAUCUAUGUUUGUUUCUGCUUGAUCAUACUUUACUCCUUACUUCAUUUCUAUACGUUCAGCAGCCAUUCUGAUGCUGCCAAACUUGAUUAUUUUAAGGCUUCUUUGCAAUGCUUUCUUUUUUUGUGAAUGAGCAACAUCACCGUUUUCAUCCACAGAUCAGCCCAUGAUUAUUAUUUGUUUUGUUCCUUUAGUUUGGUUUAGUUUUUGGGGAUGGAUUGUUCAGCAACCAGAGAGCACCUGGAACUUUACAUAUCUGACUGAUGCUGUAGAGUAAUGGAUUUUGAAGGUCAAAAUUCAUUGGAGGAAUGGUUCACAGCCAAAACAUUUAUUAUGGCAUUUUCAUUUGGCAAAUAAGAUCCAGAAUCGAAUGAUGAAAGCAGAUAAUUACAAAUGCUUGUUUUUAAGAAGACCAUAAUUAUUUAAAUAAGCUGGGUUUCCAAAAUGAAUGUUGUUGCUAGUAGGCAUACCGUUAUUAACGUUAGUGCAGGUAAGACUACAGAACAUACUACACUAUGGGGAUAGGUUUUUUGGCUGUCCCCAUAGGAGAACCCUUUUGGGGUUCUACCUGGAACCAAAAGGGUUCUACCAGGAACCAAAAAGGGUUCUUCAAAGGGUUCUCCUAUGGGGACAGCUGAAUAACCCUUUUAGGUUCUAGGUAGCACCUUUUAUAAUAAGAGUGUACUUACUGUAUAAUGACUAAUUAUAUUUUACUUGGGUACCUGAAUAAGCUCAAGUCCAAAAGAGGUGCAACUUCUUGAGUUACUAAUAACAGAUAGUAGAGUAUACUGUAUGUGGAAAUGACAAGACAUCGUAGUGCCUACAAUAGUACCUAAAUUGAAGAUCAAACAUCUGUAUGAUUGCAGUAGCUUAGUCAAAUGGAGUAUUCCCAGCGCAUAUAUCAUCGUAGCAUGCUUACAUCAUUCACCAUUCUGCAUUAGCUGGGUCCAAUGACAGCUCAGUGCUACUGUAUACCCCAGAAAGGCAUUAACGCAAGGCUGCUCUCAGUUCAAGGCUGUUGGAAGACACACCCAGUAUAAAGAUACAAAGUGCUUGAGGAGAAACUGGCACGUUUGAAUAUUGUCAGCAGUAUUAGAUGUUUGACAUCAUUGCAUGGGGAGGUUGCUAUUCCUUGUAAUCCAGCACACCUCUCCUAAAAACAGCUUUCCUCUAGUUCUUACACUGUUUUUGGAAAUGUUCUAAGCACUGUAUUUUCUAUUCUAUUUUCUAUUCAUUGUUUCCCUAGUAUGAUCACAUUACUCUCUCAAGUUAUCUUGUUUCGGGUGUUUAAUGCCCUGUCUCCAGGGUGAUCAAGUGGUCCUAAUCUGACACUAGCCUGGAAUGCGGACUCCUUAAUGCCUGUCUUGGUUAAAGUGCACAACACUGUUUCUGCUGUUAAGCUAAUGCAGGCUACCCUGUUUUUGAAAUGACUAAGGCUUGUCUACUGCUUAGCAACUGGACAUAUGUGUUUUCAUGUCAAUGAAGGAACUGUAAUGGGGAAAAGACCAGUUUGUUUGGGUUAAAAAGUCCUGGACAUGAAAAUACUGGAGCAUACAUGUUCUAUAAUUUAGAUCACAGGCUUGGUUCAAACAUGCACUUUUAGAGAACGCAUGCCAUAUGACUAAAGUGAAAUCAUUUUUACCUACAGCCUUUAUUGAGAUACACAAAUAUAUUUAAACAGUGUUUAUGCAUGCGUUAGCCUGCAAUUUGACUUUCCAAACUAUACAUGUCUCAUCUCCUAAGUCUGUAGGUAAUUUUUAUUGAUUCUGCAUGAAAUGAUAUACAACUUUAGACAAAGAGACAGACCCUGUGAGCUUACAUAUGGCAGUACCCUUGCAUCACUGGGUGACCCAUUGUAAUGAGGCUCAGUAUGUCAGCUCCCGGGCAGAUGCUGGUGUCCCAGGUCCUGUCAUGGGUGUGCUGUGCUAAUGUUGCUCUGGCUUGGCUCCCCUUGCAGCAGCUAUCAGAAGACCGUCCGCUGAGCUCCUCAGAGGGCAGUACAGUGGACAUUAGGCCCCCAGGAGAGGGAGAGGGCUCGGUGGACUUGGAGCCUGAGGAGUCCAUGGAACCUGAAGGCUGCUUCACUGAUGGUGAGAGAUACAAUAGGCUAGGUCUCAGGAUGUGGGUAUCGUCUUUUGUGAACAGCUUCAGGCAUAACAAGCUGGAACCCAGAAAUAGAAUGGAUAAGAUCAUAUUUGGGAAAAGACUAGUAUAAUUGGAACAUCUGUUCCAAUUAACCUAUAUGUUGUCUGCUUUCAGGAUGUGUCCGCAGAUUCCAAUGCUGCCAAGUGAAUGUCGAUGAGGGCAAGUGGAAGAUGUGGUGGACAUUAAGGAAAACCUGCUUUAAGAUAGUGGAGCACAACUGGUUCGAGAGCUUUAUCAUCUUCAUGAUCCUGCUCAGCAGUGGAGCGCUGGUAAGUGGGGAAGUAAUGAUUUGGGGAAGGAUCUGAGAGUAUGACAGAGGGGGCUGGCAAAUCCUCCUCCAUUGUCUGACCCUUAUGAGAAACUACAAAGGAGUAGAAAUACAGUACCACAUGCAGCUGCUCUGUUGUUCAAAGUGCUCAGUACUGUGUAAUUGACAAUUCUGUGAUCCCUUGACACAGAAAUAACUGGCAACAGAUCUGAUGAGGCAGCAGCUACUGCUCUAGUGUGUGAGAUUAAUGUGGUGUAUAGGUAGGGAUCAUCUGAUUUGCUUGUAUUUACACCAAGGCAUUUGAGGACAUCUACAUCGAGCAGAGGAAGACCAUUAAGACAGUGUUGGAGUUUGCGGACAAAGUCUUCACUUACAUCUUCAUCCUGGAGAUGUUGCUGAAGUGGGUGGCCUAUGGAUUCGCCAAAUACUUCACCAACGCUUGGUGCUGGCUGGACUUCCUCAUUGUUGACGUAGGUCUUCUUUUAAAACUACCUCUUCACUUACACAAAAUAUAUAUAGUCUGGUAAUGUUCACAAUUAGCUUGUUUUGAGACAUUGCCUUGACGUUUCAAUGUAGAAAUGCUACUGUCAUGUAGCCGGCGAUGGAGUUUCCUAUUUCCUGGUUUAAAACACAUGUUUGAGGCCCAGGAGAGAGCCUGUGCCAGCCAGUCACUCGUCUCUUCUCAUGACCUCAUUGUGUUUACAGGUGUCUCUUGUCAGCCUUGUGGCCAACGCCCUGGGCUACGCUGAGCUGAGUGCCAUCAAGUCCCUGAGGACUCUACGAGCGCUGAGGCCCCUGAGAGCGCUGUCCCGCUUCGAGGGCAUGAGGGUAAGAGUCACCAGACCAGAGCCCUGUCCUGUUGCCUCACAGUGCAUAUCAUCACAGCCUUUUACCAGCGUGACAUCAGCGCCCUGCAUGGGCACAGAGCUCUGUAGUCAAACUAAGGCCCACAGCAACCCAACAGCUGGAGAAUGUAAAGUUCACUCAUUCCAUGCAUGUAUAUUUAGAGUUACCUUUCCUCUCCUAUUCCUCCUUUUCCAGCUAUAUGUGUUUUCAGCAGAGUUGGAGUCAAUUCCAUUUCAAUUCCAGUCAAUUCAGAAAGUAAACCAAAUUCCAAUUCCAAAUAUGUCUCAUUUAAAAGCAUUGAAGAGAAUUGGAAUUUCAGUGUACUUUCUGAUUGACUGGAAUCGACCCCAACCCUGGUUUUCAGGAUGUUAUAACACAAGAGUUUCCAUCAGUCCCACCGGCAGGCCAUGUGCACUCAUCAGGGGAUGUCAGCAUUACUGAAAACUAAUCAAUAAAACGUAGAAAAUGCAUUCACUUUACUUAAACAAAAUGUAAACAAACUUGGAGGUCUUGGAGGCUACUACACUUAACCAUCGUAAACAUUUAUGGUACUCUCACAGCAAUGUGUAUUUUACUGUGCAAUACAAGCUCUAGCCAGGGGUUUGGAUGCUUAUGUCAUAUGUGGAGGAUGGGUGUCGACUGGUAUAAUCAAUGUAGCUCUUAUCGAUCAGAUUCUUGCAUGUUGUGGUUGGCUAGAUUUCCACCAGUGCUGUGACGACGAUCUCUCCUCACGUGGUUGUCACUGAAUUCUCCCAUUUGUAUGACUGACUUCUCAUUGCUUCACUAGCUCUAUAUUGAUGUUCUCUGAAACUGUACUGUUUUUGCAUGUUGCUUGCUGCGGGGGACUGCCUUUAAUGUGAACACUAUUUAUGUGUUUGUAUUUUUUAUUUACAGUAAACAAAUUAUGUGACUUCAUCCUGCCUCUACAAGGUUUUUUCUGUUUCGUUUUUUCACACUGUAGCCUAAUUGUAAUUCACUAAAACAUGUAAACAUAGCCUACAGUAUCUCCUUUACAAAUACAUUCCCUUCUUCUUCUUCUCCUUCUUCUUUCCUUUGCUUCUUACCUUCCUGUUGUCAUGGUUGUUAAUAAGCUGUGGUGUUAGUGAUACUUGUGUUGAGCUUUGACUGAUGUGUACACUGGCAUUUAAACACUUUACUCAUGUGUUUUCCUAUUUUCACCAUCACCAAUCAAAGUCAACAUGUAGCCUACAGUAUUUAUUGUCAGUGCUGAAAAUGAUCAUCAUUACCCAAUGGGAUAUUGUCUAUGCUCCUAUAUCUGAGACUGAGGCCGUGUGAAUCCUUACAGGUGGUCGUCAAUGCUCUGCUCGGAGCCAUCCCCUCCAUCUUCAAUGUGCUCUUGGUGUGCCUCAUCUUCUGGCUCAUCUUCAGCAUCAUGGGCGUCAACCUGUUUGCAGGGAAAUACUACCAUUGUGUCAACAUGACCACAGGGGAGCGCUUCAAAGUCAGAGAUGUGGCUAACAAGACAGAAUGUUUGGCUUUGGAAGGUGCCUACUGGAAGAAUGUCAAGAUCAACUUUGAUAACGUGGGAGCAGGCUAUCUGGCACUGUUACAAGUGGUGAGCGGCUCUUUCAUAUCACCAGAAAUAUUUUAUUGACAGAGAGUGGACCUAUGUCAAAAGUUUUGUACCAAUUCCGUGUGGGCAGAUGAGUUGUGUGAGGGCUAAGUCCUUCUGAACUAGUAUCCUUACUAGUAAUAACAUUUUCCUUACUUUCUCUAAGGCUACAUUCAAAGGCUGGAUGGACAUCAUGUAUGCAGCUGUGGACUCUCGCAGUGUAAGUCUUUUCAGUAAUACCUUUCACAAGGUAUUUCAGACUAAUGGCUAAUUGUGUUUGCACAUUUUCAAUGUAUAUAUCAUAGUGUUCAUGUUUGUAUGAUAUUGUUAAUUAAGUGAUAAUGCCUGAGAAGUUGGUGUUUGGAGGAUAUACUGUAUUGGUACAGGUGUUGUUAGGCCCGAGACAGAGUCGAGGGCUGGCAAACCGUGCCAAUAUAUCCUCCAAACACCGGCUUCGAGGGCAUUAUCACUUUUAUACAACGGGUUACUAACAUAUUCAAAUAAUGAUUUACAUAUUUUCAUUAAAAAAAUUAUUUUGAUGAAUUUAUUCAUACUAUUUAAUCCUUCCACAAGAUAUAGUCCCGACACAAGUCUAGGGUUGCUACCCAAGCCGGCUGGUCUUUCGUUCUAUCGGUUUGUUUGCUAGAGACGCGACCCAGUCAUUUGUUCUAAAUGUUCCAUUGCCAUACUGGCUGGCAAUGUUCUUAUCCCUUGCUUGCUAGAUAGCUAACUACGGAUAACUUACAGUCACGUCAAAAAGUGCAGCCAGAAUAACAGCAAAGUAGCUUCAUUUGCAUUUGUUUAAGCAGUUUUCCAGAUACAUUUAUUUGGAUACAUCCAUAACAAUGAGCUAAUGAGGCGCGAUUUCAGCUGGCAUAGAAAAUGUGCUCACUCGUCAGGACUAUUUUGUUCAGAGGAGUUAGCCAACAACACAGCUAACACAAUCACUUCACACUGAAGCUGUAAAGACUACAAACUAGCUGCAUUUCUUUGUAUAUAUCCCUAAAAAUGAUGCCAGCUGAUUCAUGAUUUCGACUGGCUGAGAAACGCUGCAUGCCUGUCUGUCUCGUCCCGACUCCUGACACGUUCAUUACUAUGGGACAGCUGGAGAUCGAAUUUGAAUAUUGAAACAAUGUUGCAAAUGUCGGAGAGACAGACAGCAAGGUUUAUACAAAUCUCUGCUGUUGAAAACAAAAUGUUAGUCUAAAUGAAAUUUGAGAUGAUGUCUAAAUGCUUUUUGUAGUGGAGAUCAAGUUUAUACAUUGCUUGGCUGGGCUGAUGAGACAGUGGAUUGCGCAGUCAGAUGUAACAGAGUAAAUAGGCAUUUUAACGUCAUAGAUUUAGCCGGUGGUAACUUGUGGAAUAGACACCGGUUGGAAUGCGGUUUUAACCAAUCAGCAUUCAGGAUUAGACCCACCCGUUGAAUAAUGUAUGGUAAUAUGUCUCCUGAGUGGCGCAGUGGUCUAAGGCACUGCAUCGCAGUGCUAACUGUGCCACUAGAGAUCCUGGUUCGAAUCCAGGCUCUGUCGCAGCCGGCCGCGACCGGGAGACUCAUGGGCGGCGCACAAUUGGCCCAGCGUCGUCCAGGGUAGGGGAGGGAAUGGCCGGCAGGGAUGUAGCUCAGUUGAUAGAGCAUGGCGUUUGCAACGCCAGGGUUGUGGGUUCAAUUCCCACGGGGGGCCAGUAUAAAAAUUUAAAAAAUGUAUUCACUAACUGUAAGUUGCUCUGGAUAAGAGCGUCUGCUAAAUGAUGUAAAUGUAAUGUAAAUGUAAUACUAUGCUAUUCUAUUACAGUUGGAGGAUCAACCCGACUAUGAAGUUAAUCUGUACAUGUAUAUGUACUUUGUGGUAUUCAUCAUAUUUGGAUCCUUCUUCACACUCAACCUCUUCAUUGGUGUCAUUAUAGACAACUUCAACCAGCAAAAGAAAAAGAUAAGUAUUUAAUGUUAUAGUAAUCAUGCAAUGAUACAUGCAUACAUUUUCUCUGAUUUAACGUUAUUAAUAAUAUUUUUCCCCCACUAAUGGACUAGAAAUGUGUAAGAGCUGCAGGAAUUUAACUAGGCUUGUCUUGCCUCUUUACUUUGGAGGUCAAGACAUCUUCAUGACAGAGGAACAGAAGAAAUACUACAAUGCUAUGAAGAAGCUUGGCUCAAAGAAACCCCAAAAGCCUAUCCCUAGGCCAGCGGUAAGGUCAUGCAGCCUGGCCUCAAAGCCAUACGAAGUAUACUAUACGUAUUUUUCUGCACCUCCAAGACGUAUGAUAUGUACUAAUGGUCUAGUUACUUUAGACAGAAACGAAAGUAGGGAGGUUGGUCGGGGAUGACGGGUGGGCGUAUACCGUCUAGCAAUCCAAAGGUUGCAUGUUCGAGUUGCAUCGGGGACAACUGUAGCAUUUUAGCUUCCCCUUCCCCUAACCCUUUUCCUAACCUUAACCAAAUGUUAAUUCUCCUAAUCUUUGACGUUUUAGUUCUCGUAACCUUUUAAGUAAAUUAUCCUAACCUUUGUCAUUAGUUCUCCUAACCACCAAUUCUCCCUGUAAUUCCCCUUUGUUGUUACAAUGCAAAAAGUAAACCUGGUCUCAGGGAAAGAUGUAUAAUACUUUAAGUCCUCCAAGUGUAUGAUAAAUUAAUCCAAUUCGUAUGCUAUUGUACGACCAGGUAAGACGUAUGAUACUAUACGUCCUAUAAUUCGUAUGAUUUUGUACAACCGCUAUUCCAUUAAUUAUGUAAGCUAACGUAACAUAAUAUAAAUAUAACUAAACGGCGGGAACAAAUUAACGUACCAAAUCCUACGAACUGAGCUGAGAACAGGUUGGGUCAUACCACUCUUUAACUGUUUCACUGUUUCUCAACAAAGAACUCCUCAAUUCGUGAACCUCUAUGUCUACUUCCUGGUGUCUCAAAAUGCUUCUUCCUUAUGUCUCCUCCAGAACAAGUUUCAAGGAUAUGUCUUUGAUUUCAUUACAAAGCAAGCCUUCGACAUUGUCAUCAUGAUUCUUAUAUGCCUUAAUAUGGUCACCAUGAUGGUGGAGACGGACGACCAGACGGACGACAUGGAUAGAAUUCUCUACAAGAUCAACCUGGUGUUUAUUGUCAUGUUUACUGGAGAGUGUAUUCUGAAGAUGAUCUCACUCCGCCAAUACUACUUCACCAUUGGGUGGAAUGUAUUUGACUUUAUUGUUGUUAUCCUGUCGAUAAUUGGUAAGAUUUUUCACCUAUUUCUAUAGUUGUAAUACUGCAAUUUGAUAGUCUGCUUUGGGGAUUAUUAUGUGUAAUUCUUCUCUGUCCUUUCAGGUAUGUUUCUCUCUGAACUGAUAGAGAAGUACUUUGUUUCACCAACCUUAUUCCGAGUCAUUCGACUGGCCCGAAUUGGUCGCAUCCUUCGCCUCAUCAAGGGUGCCAAGGGAAUCCGUACACUCUUGUUUGCUUUGAUGAUGUCACUUCCUGCCUUGUUCAACAUUGGUCUUCUGCUCUUCUUAGUGAUGUUUAUCUAUGCCAUCUUUGGCAUGUCGAACUUUGCAUACGUCAGGAAGGAGUCUGGGAUUGACGACAUGUUCAACUUUGAGACAUUUGGCAACAGCAUGAUUUGCCUGUUCCAGAUCACCACGUCAGCUGGCUGGGAUGGCCUGCUGGCGCCCAUCCUCAACAAGAAAGAGCCAGACUGCGACAGCCAUAAAGAGCACCCAGGCAGCAAGUACAAGGGGGGAGACUGUGGGAACCCCCCUGUGGCCAUUAUCUUCUUUGUGAGCUACAUCAUCAUCUGUUUCCUCAUUGUGGUCAACAUGUACAUUGCUGUCAUCCUGGAGAACUUCAGUGUGGCCACUGAGGAGAGCGCUGAGCCCCUGAGCGAGGAUGACUUUGAAAUGUUCUACGAGGUCUGGGAGAAGUUUGAUGCGCGGGCCACCCAGUUCAUGGAGUAUGAGAAGCUGUCUGACUUCGCUGAUGCCCUGGACCCCCCGCUACGCAUUUCUAAGCCCAACAAGAUCCAGUUGAUCUCCAUGGAUUUGCCCAUGGUGAGUGGGGAGCGCAUCCACUGCCUGGACAUCCUGUUUGCCUUCACCAAGCGCGUCCUGGGUGAGGGCGAAGGCUUGGACAUCCUCCGGGGUCAAAUGGAGGAGCGCUUUAUGGCCUCCAACCCCUCCAAGGUGUCCUACGAACCCAUCACCACCACGCUGCGCCGCAAACAAGAGGACAUGUCUGCCCUGGUCAUUCAGAGAGCUUUCAGACGGUAUCUGCUCAGGCGUAUUGUUAAACGGGCCUCUGCCACUUACAAGAAGAAGAUUCUCCUUGAUAAAGAGGUUCUCGUUAUAGACAAAUUUAACGAGAUCUCUACUUCAGACAGAACUGAGAUGACCCCCUCCACAGCCUCUCCCCCAUCAUAUGACAGCGUCACAAAACCAGAGAAAAACAAAUAUGAAAAAGACAAGAGAGAGAAGGAGGUGAAGAAGAAAAAGAAGUAA